GCGCUCUUGGAGUCAGUUCGAGGAAGUAGUGCGAUGCGCCUGAGUCACGUUGUGUGAAACAGAAACGGGCAUCACCCCUGGCUAUUGUGAACAAGAGAGGGCGCCGACCUUUGUACAGUAGCCCGUCGAUCGAGUCCGAAAGAUGUGCCCUUUCUCGCCCCAGGAGCUGAAAUAUCCAGCGUGCAGAGACAAAACUUCCAGCGCGUAGAGACGGGUGCGCUGUGAGCCUUUGUGAAGAAGUUGCAACAGCUUGUUCUCAGAAGAGGACACAGUGACAGUUUUGGAAGACCGACCAUUUAAAUCGCACGUGGAAAUUCGCGUUCGUUUGCAAUGAAAGCGCGCGGUCAAUAAUUCUGCACGGAGCCUGUCACCCAGCGAGACGCUCGCGGGCCAUAUGACCGUUUCUUCGCGUCGCUCAUCCCCAGGCAUAAGGACACCGACGGAUCCGUGAUAAGCGGACCCUUCGCGACGGCUCAUAUGGCGGAGCUCGGAGAGGAGAACGGCGGAGCGUCCUCGCCGAUUGCUGGAAAGAAGAAACCAGCCAUCCAGGGAGACGUGGCGGGGGGAAACGGAGUCUCGAACGGGGAGUGCGCGCUAGCGGAAAAGACCGGACCCGGGUCCACGACUCCCGACAGCGCAGGAGUGGACACUGCCAGCGCUGUCGGACAGGAUGCCACUUCGGGAUUACCUCGAAAAGCAAGCAUUAUCAAGGACGGGACGCGGCAGCGGCGGGAGCGGAAGAAGACGGUGUCGUUCAGCAGCAUGCCGACAGAGCGUCGGAUCAGCAGGGCGGGGGACUGCAUCGCCGCCCUGGUGGAGGGCAGCGAGCUGCGCAAGGUGCGCUCCAACGCCCGCGUCUACCACCGCUACUUCCUGCUGGACUCGGACCUGCGCUCGCUGCGCUGGGAGCCCUCCAAGAAGGAGGCGGGCAAGGCCUGCAUCGCCGUGGCGACCAUCCGCGAGGUGCGCGCGGGCCGCAACACCGCCGCCUUCCGCGCGGCCGCCGUGCACGAGCAGGUGUCGGAGGACUGCGCCUUCUCGGUGAUCCACGGCGACGGGUUCGAGACGCUGGACCUGGUGGCGCCCUCGGCUGACGUGGCCAGCGUGUGGGUGACGGGGCUGCGCUACCUGCUGUCGUACGGGGCGCACGCGCUCGACAUGAUCGAGAGCCGCUGCAACGACGGCCUGCGCUCCGCCUGGCUGGCCCAGCUGUUCCGCUCCGCCGUCGCAGAGGGAGACGCUAGCGACGGCGGUGACCACGGCGACGGCGGUGACCACGGCGACGGCGGCGACCGGGACGACGAGCGGCUCAGCGUCCCCGCGGCUGUGGAGCUCAUAAGGAGCGUGAGCCCGGGGGUGAAGGUCGCCAGGGCGGAGCUCAAAUUCAAGGAGUUCCACAAGGCCAGGGGCGGGGCGGGGGGCGGGGCCGGGGGCGGGGUCACCCGGGAGGAGUUCGCCGAGGCCUUCCACGACCUCUGCACCCGCCCCGAGAUCUACUUCCUGCUGGUGCAGUUCUCCAGCAACAAGGAGUUCCUGGACGCCAAGGACCUGGCGCGCUUCCUGGAGGCGGAGCAGGGCGUGGCGCAGGUGCGGGAGGAGGACGGGCUGCGGGUGGUGCGCAGGUACGAGCCGACCCCCGAGGCCCGGCGGAACGGCUGGCUGACGCUGGACGGCUUCACCGCGUACCUCACGUCCCCGGAGUGCCACAUCUACGACCCCGAGCAGAGCCGGGUGUGCCAGGACAUGAGCCAGCCGCUGUCCCACUACUACAUCAACUCCUCCCACAACACCUACCUGAUCGAGGACCAGCUCCGCGGGCCCGCCGACGUCUCGGGGUACGUCCGCGCCCUGAAGAUGGGGUGCCGGAGCGUGGAGCUGGACGUGUGGGACGGGCCCGAUGAGGAGCCCGUGGUCUUCACCGGACACACACUCACCUCGCAGGUGGUGUUCCGCAGCGUCGUCGACGUCAUCAACAGGUACGGGUUCGUGGCCUCUGAGUAUCCCCUGAUCGUCUGCAUGGAGAAUCACUGCUCUCUGCGGCAGCAGGCCGUCAUGGUCCAGCACCUGCAGAGGAUUCUGGGAGAUCGGCUGUACACGACCCCGCCCAACACCGACGCCGCCUACCUGCCGUCCCCCGAGGAGCUGAAGGGGCGUGUCCUCCUGAAGGCCCAAAAGCUGGGCGUGUCCUGCACGGGUCCGGAGGGGGAGGUGGCCGAGGAGGACGAGGGGGCGGAGCUGUCUCAGCGAGUGGGCAGGGCCAACGGCGAGGCCGCGCCCUCCCCGGGCCCCGCCCAGCCCCGGCGGUUCCGCCUCUCCCGCCAGCUCUCGGACCUGGUGUCGCUCUGCCAGUCGGUGCCCUUCCAGAACUUCCCGGCGGCGCUGCGGAGCCAGCGGUUCUGGGAGUUCUGCUCGUUCGACGAGGCGCUGGCGGGGCGCUUCGCCGCGGAGAGGCCCGGCGACUUCGUGGACCUCAACAAGCGCUGCCUGACGCGCGUGCGCCCCAGCCCCGCCCGCGUGGACUCCAGCAACCCCAACCCCCAGGACUUCUGGAAGUGCGGCUGCCAGCUGGUGGCCAUGAACUUCCAGACGCCGGGGCUGAUGAUGGACCUGAACGUGGGCUGGUUCCGGCGGAACGGCGGCUGCGGCUACGUGCUGCGGCCCGCCAUCAUGCGCGAGGAGGUGUCCUUCUUCAGCGCCGAGACGCGGGACUGCGUCCCCGGCGUCUCCCCCCAGCUGCUCCACGUCAAGGUCAUCAGCGGCCUCAACUUCCCCAAGCCGCGCGGCUCGGGGGCCAAGGGCCACGUGGUGGACCCCUACGUGUACGUGGAGAUCCACGGGCUGCCGGCGGACUGCGCGGAGCGGCGCACGCGCACCGUGCGGCAGAACGGCGACAGCCCCGUGUUCGGCGAGAGCUUCGAGUUCCAGAUCCUGCUGCCCGAGCUGGCCAUGGUGCGCUUCGUGGUGCUGGACGACGACUUCAUCGGCGACGAGUUCAUCGGCCAGUACACCAUCCCCUUCGAGUGCCUGCAGCCGGGCUUCCGGCACGUCCCGCUGCUGUCGCUGGCGGGCGACGCCCUGCCGCACGCCUGGCUCUUCGUCCACGUGGCCAUCACCAACCGGCGGGGCGGGGGGAAGCCGCACAAGCGCGGGCUGUCGGUGCGCAAGGGCGGGCGGGGCGGGCGCGAGUACGCCAGCAUGCGGGCGCUGCCCGUCAGGGCGCUGGACGACCUGUUCAAGACCGCCGCCCAGCCGCUGGGGGAGGCCACGGACCUGAGAGAGAACAUGCAGAACGCCAUAGUGCCGUUUAAGGAGCUGUGUGGUGUGCCGGCGGUGUCCAACCUGAUGCAGUGUGUGCUGAGCCUGGCGUCCCGGCUGAGGGGGGGCGACGGGACGCCCCUGCUGCUCUUCAACCUGUCCGGCCCGUACCCCACCCUGGAGCCGCAGGGGGCCCUGCCCGAGGUGCUGAGGAAGCUGGUCUCCGCCUAUGACACGAUCAUACAGAGCAGCCAGGCCCUGAUGGAGAGCACAGACGCCAUCUAUCACAGGAUACUGCAGGUGCAGAGAGCAGCGAUGGAGUCCCAUGAGUCUUUGCAGAGCCUGGUGGAGAAGGAGGGGCUGAAGGGACGUAAGGCCAGCCGGGCAGUGGAGAACUUCACCUGGAACAUCACCAUCCUGAAGGGCCAGGCGGACCUGCUGAAGCGAGCCAAGUGCGAGGUCCAGGAGAACCUGAAACAGAUCCACUACGCUGCGCUCACCAGCAACCUGAGCACGGGCGGGGCCGGGGGCGGGGCCGGGGCAGGGGGCGGGGCCGGAGAGAGGAGCCCGUCCCGCCGCAGCCUGGACGCCGUCCCAGAGAGGACAGCGGGAGAGGGGGCGAGGAGGCCAAAGAGCGGGGAGCACUGAGGACCGCACCGAACACUCCACCCCCCCCCCCC